GCUAGCAGCGUUCUCUCGAUGAAAACGUAAACAAAACAACCGACAGCAGACUACGGGAGAGGGAGCAAAACACGAGGAAGUUUAGGAAACGACCAAACCUGUUCAUUGCCAGCUGAGAUGAUCAUUGCAGGAUCACUACUCGCCUACGCACGCAGAAAAAUGGUGAACGAACUGAGCAAGAAUGUGUCAUUGCGUGCGGCGGCUACGCCAACGGCCGAAGUGGGACCGAUGAUGUCGAGACAGAAAGAGUUGAUGAAGUUGCCGGUGCCGCCUCUGAAAGAAACGCUCCAGAGAUACGUCGAGUCAAUCAGACCACUUGUGACCGCCGCCCAGUUCGAGAAAACAGUGAAGGUAGUAGAAGAGUUUGGCAAGCCAAAUGGAAUCGGAGAGAAGUUGUAUAAAGUUCUUGAAGCCAAAGCAGCGUCUACAGAAAACUGGCUUGCAGAUUGGUGGUUGCAAGGUGCUUACCUCGCAUAUAGGAUGCCAGUCGUUGUGUACUCAAACCCUGCAAUGGCACUGCCUAGGCAGGCAUUCAAGCAGAAAGAAGACCAGCUGAGGCACGCUGCUUUGCUCAUAGCUGGAGCUCUAGACUUUAAGGCAUUGGUGGAACGGGAACAGCUGGCUCCAGAAAUGAUGGGCAAGCAUCCUUUGGACAUGUUGCAGUACCAAAAAAUUUUCAGCACAUGUCGUGUCCCAGGUGAUAAACAGGAUAGCUUGGAAACUUACUUUCUGAGUAACAACCCUCCUAAACAUGUGCUCAUCGUGCACAACAAUGAGUUUUUCGCAGUUGAUGUUUAUGAUAGCCAAGGAAAUCCAUAUGAUGAGCACCAAAUUCUCGAGCUACUUCGUAAGGUGGUAAAUAUGUCAGUGAGUGCUGGUGCUGGAGUUGGCGUACUGACAACUGAGCACAGAGACAACUGGGCGAAAGCAUUUGAGCAUCUUUGCAAAAAUCCUCGGAAUGUGGAAUCUCUGGAAUCUAUUAAAAAAGCCAUCCUUGUGGUGUGUCUUGAUCAAAAGCUGAAGCAAAAGGAACCUUAUGAAGUGGCCUGUGCUUAUCAAAUGCUUCUUGGAGGUAGAAGUGGGGAAAAUGCUGCAAAUCGCUGGUGUGAUAAAACCGUUCAGCUGAUUGUUGGAGAAGAUGGCUACACUGGGCUGCUUUAUGAGCACAGUCCUUCAGAAGGUCCUCCUGUGGCAGUGCUGGUGGAUCAUUGCUACAAGUACAUUGAAAAGAGGCUGGGCUGCCCACUGUCCAGUAGAGCAGCUGACAACAUUCCCAAGAAACUUGAAUUUAUUGUUUCCUUGGACACCACGAAAGACAUCGAGGAAGCAUAUUCUUCGCUUUCUAGGCUCACAUCAGACUUAGACCUUCUUAUCUACAAGUUUAAAGGUUAUGGAAAGGAAUUCAUCAAGUCUUACAAGCUAAGCCCUGACAGCUAUGUCCAGAUGGCAAUGCAGCUUGCAUACUACAAGAUUUACAAGGCACCCGGUGCAACAUAUGAGAGUGCUUCCACACGAAAGUUUAUUCACGGGCGCACUGAUACUAUCCGCUCAGUUUCGAAUGAAAGUUUGGCUUUUUGCAAGACAUUUGAAAGCAGUCAGGCCAAGCUCACAGAAAAGGUAGAGAGUCUACGAAAAGCUGUACAGAACCACAAGGACUAUACAAAUUUGGCUAUUAAUGGACUUGGUGUGGACCGGCUGUUGCUUGGUUUGAAAAUGAUUGCCAUUGAGAAUGAGAUUCCCCUGCCUGAACUGUAUAAAGAUCCAGCAUACAGCAUCAGCACAGAGUUCAAAAUAUCAUCUAGUCAGGUGGCGACACAGUGUGAUGCAGUCAUGUUCUAUGGCCCGCUUGUCAAGGAUGGCUAUGGCUGCUGUUAUAACCCACAAGCACACAGUGUAACCUUUGGUCUGUCAUCCUUCAACAGCAGUGCCACUACAUCCACUUCAAACUUCAGAGAUGCCCUCGAGGAGAGCUUGACUCAGAUGCAUGAUUGCCUUAGGCUUGCACAGCCAUCAAAGUUGUAGAACGGACAAUUAGCAACAGCAUAUUUCUAUGCAGCUCUGAAGAAAAAAAGUUUUGACACUUGCUCAGGGUCACAAAAAACUGCAUUACAACCAAGUGCUUUUGAAGUCUGCAUGUUUUUUAUAACUUUAACGAAAUGACUUAUGAAAAUAUUUCAGUGCUGCUAGGUAUGUGUCACAAAGGCUAUGAGCAAGUUUUACACCUGUUAUGUAUAACCUAAAGAAAGAAGUAUAGCUAACCAGUAUAUGUUUGUGAUGAAGUCAAUCCUCAGUUCAAAAAUGGUGCUUUACAAUAAUUAUCAGCCCAAAUGUGGGUAAUUUUUUUACCUUAACUCUCUGCUAUAUUAUAAAUAAAAAUAAAGUAGUAUUUGUUCAUUGU